AUGCAGGCGGCGCGGGGCGGCGCGGGGCGGCCGGGCCGGGCGGGCCGCGGGCCGGAGCGCCAGCGCGAGCGGCCGCCGGGCGCCGGAGCCGCGUCCCCCUGCGCCGCCCCGGGCCGGCCGGCCGGAGCCGCCGCCAUGCACCCCGGGCCGCCCCGCGCCGCGCUCCGCCUGUGGCUGGGCUGCGUCUGCCUCGCGCUGGUGCAGGCGGCCUUGCAGGCCAACUCUGCAGACAGCCCCUCGGCCCCAGUGAACGUCACCGUCAGGCACCUCAAGGCCAACUCUGCAGUGGUAAGCUGGGACGUCUUGGAGGACGAGGUUGUCAUCGGAUUUGCCAUCUCUCAGCAGAAGAAGGAUGUGCGGAUGCUGCGCUUCAUCCAGGAGGUGAACACCACCACCCGCUCGUGCGCGCUCUGGGACCUGGAGGAGGACACGGAGUACAUCGUGCACGUGCAGGCCAUAUCCAUCCAGGGUCAGAGUCCAGCCAGCGAGCCCGUGCUCUUCAAAACGCCACGUGAGGCUGAGAAGAUGGCCUCGAAGAACAAAGAUGAGGUGACCAUGAAGGAGAUGGGGAGGAGCCAACAGCUGCGGACGGGCGAGGUGCUGAUCAUCGUUGUGGUCCUGUUCAUGUGGGCCGGCGUCAUCGCCCUCUUCUGCCGCCAGUAUGACAUCAUCAAGGACAACGAACCUAACAACAACAAGGAAAAAACCAAGAGUGCGUCAGAAACCAGCACACCAGAGCACCAAGGCGGGGGGCUUCUCCGUAGCAAGGGAAGCUGUGGGGCUGCCUGCCGGGCAGAGUCCUGGCUGCCAUCAAGCCUUCGCCGGAUCCAGCCAUCAAGGACUUGUUUGUGGUGCGAUGCACAACCUUGUGAGUGUGCAAGAUGUUUUCUGUUCUGUCUCUUUUGGAAAACACAAUUGAAGGGCUUUACUCCAGAGGGCAGAGGGAUUCCCCGACUUGUGGCCUGUAUCCUCUACCUUCUUUGACCCUUGUUUUUGACUGUAAGAUCAUCAGUCUGGGGUCUGAAGAAGACAGAAUGGAAAAGAAACCUUUGAAGGUACGGGCUCCGUUUCUUUAGGAAAAAAAUAUCUUGGAGUUGCAACAGUGCUGGCUUGCACAACUGAAAAGAUAUGUCCACAUGGAAUACCCUGGGGGCUGCUCAUCACCCGCUCCGGGUUGGACUCUGCUGGAAGGCAGGCCCGAGCCAUUCACCAUGGACAGUCAGCAGUCCCGGCCUCUGGGGUCUCCAUAUCUUGCCAUCUCAUCCAGGGUUCUGCGAAAGCUCCCCGGAGUCCUCAUGUCCUUCCCUAGAGCCUGAGUGGUGUGAGGUGACGGGUCCCUCCCUCCACUGCCUCUUUCUGGUUUAAAACACAAAUGGUGCUUGCUAAGGGAGGGCAGAGCCUUCCCUGGGACUGAAAAGUUACGGCUGCGGAGUGCCUGCGUGGGAAGAGAUGGACCUCUGCGUCUUCCAUGGGUGACUGAGGACGAGUGUAUGGGAGACCACGCCUGGCACAAGCCUGGCACACCAUAGGCGCCCAGUGGAUACCUGUUGAACUGAACGAUAAGAGCAAUGGCCCCCAAGCCAGAGAGCUGAAAGCCAUUACCCCUGACCGCCCCUUCCUUCCGGUCUAUAAGAGCUCUCAUGGCUGGGGCAGCCGCCACUCUGCUUUGCCCGAGUGUGGAGCACAGGGAGGGAGGAGACACAGGGUAAAAGGCAGAUGUCGGCAACACUAAGGGCUUCCUCAUGGGAGGGCAUGAGGCUCCACUCAUUGUCUUGUGACUUCCAUCCCUGCUGAAUGGGGCUGCAAGGCCAAGGCUCCUUAGGGCAGAGGUCCUUACCUCUGAUCCAGUUAGAGCAAUAACCACUUUUUAAAUGUAAAAUAAAAAGACAAAUGA